UUGCUGAGACUCGGGAGUCCAUCCCAGUCCAGUCCAGGGGACAAACACACCUCCCCUUUCUCUUAAUAGACCAAACCCAACUCCAAAACUGACAGCUUUCGAAACCUUUUUCUUUCUUUCUUUCUUUCUUUCUUUCUUUCUUUCUUCUUCUCUCUAUCUCUCGCAAAAACUGCAGUUAGGAGAGGAGGAUUGUAGUAGUAUUCCUUUCAACAAGGUUUGAUGUGUGUUAGAGUGAUCAUGGAUUUGUCUGAAGGAAUCGGAGAAAGCUCGUCACCAUCUAGGAGUUUUGUUAGUAUCAAUGGGUAUGACAUAAGAACCGAUGUUUACAAUCGGUUGUUGGAUAUUGGACAUGAGGAAGCAUUAUCUGAUCCUGGGUUUCGUCAACAGUUGGAUGUUCACUUCGAUCGCUUGCCAUCUAGUUAUGUGCUGGAUAUUAACAUGGAUAGAGUAGAGGAUGUAGUCUUACAUAUAAAACUUCUUGCAAAGGCUAAGGAUCCUGAAAAAAGACCUGUUUUUCAUGUCCGUUUCUUGGAGAAUCUCCGAACCAGAGGAGAUGAUGCUACAAUGAAACAUGUUACUAGUGUUCCUUCUACUUCCAAGUCAUCUUUUGCGACUGAUAUUCAAGAAAUUAUGCAGUCAAAGGACAGGAGAAAAGGAGUACACGAAGGUCAAUUUGAAGCCUGCUCUAAGCUUGAAGAUCUGAAUUUGGAUGUCAAGAAGAAUUCCACUCAUGAUGAUGGAAGACGUGACAUGAAAAAUUUCUCAGUGAGUUGGAGAGACAAAUGCAGGAAAGAUAAUUCACUUAUUCAAAUACAUGAAGUACUGUUUUCUACAACUGACAAGCCCAAGUUGCUUAGCCAGCUUUCUGCUUUACUUUCUGACACAGGACUUAACAUCCGUGAAGCGCAUGUAUUCUCAACAAAUGAUGGUUAUUCAUUGGAUGUAUUUGUAGUGGAUGGCUGGCCUGAUGAGGAUUCGGAGGGCUUAUACCAAGCAAUGGAAAAGACAAUCGCUAGAAGUGAGGGAUCGUGGUCGGGCUCUUCACACAGUCAAUCAGCAGUGGAGAAAGAUCUGGUUGCACGAACAAACCCUGGAGAUUGGGUAAUUGAUGAACGGUUGUUGAAGAUGGGAGAGAGAAUUGCAUCUGGAUCUUGUGGAGAUUUGAUUCGCGGAGUUUACCUUGGUCAGGAUGUUGCUGUGAAGAUCCUAAGAUCAGAACAGCUUAAUGAUUCCUUGGAGGAUGAGUUUGCUCAAGAAGUAGCCAUUCUUAGGAAGGUCCAGCACAACAAUGUUGUUCGUUUUAUCGGUGCUUGCACACAGUCUCCUAAGUUUUUCAUAGUAACAGAAUACACGUCUGGAGGGAGUCUUUAUGAAUAUUUGCACAAGAAUCACAUUAUUUUGAAGCUUCCUCAGUUGGUUAAGUUUGCAAUAGACGUGUGCAGAGGAAUGGAGUACUUGCAUCAAAAUAACAUCAUUCAUAGGGAUCUUAAGACAGCAAACCUGCUCAUGGAUUAUAACGGAGUUGUGAAGGUUGCAGAUUUUGGUGUUGCCCGGUUUCAAAACCAAAGUGGGGUCAUGACAGCAGAGACUGGAACAUAUAGAUGGAUGGCCCCCGAGGUUAUAAAUCAUCAACCAUAUGACCAGAAGGCAGAUGUCUUUAGUUUCGCCAUCGUUUUAUGGGAACUCGUUACUUCCAAGCUUCCAUAUGAUACUAUGACUCCUUUACAAGCUGCCCUAGGAGUGAGACAGGGACUUCGACCCGAGAUUCCAUCCAAUACACACCCUAAGUUAGUGGAGUUAAUGAUUCGAUGUUGGGAGGCUGAUCCAGUGGUUCGACCGCCAUUCUCUGAAAUAAGAACCGAGCUCGAAUCUCUUCUUCAGGAGUUGCAGGUAAAUUCAGAAGCACCAAAUGGUAGAUGAUGUUCAUAAAAUCUGAGGAUGGUACAGUUAUACUCGGAGCAGAAUGUAGUUAUAGUGGUAUAGAGGAGCAGAAAAAGCAAUUUACAGAGGACAUACAUAUAUGAAUGAAUACAUGUACACACAUUCUUCUUGGUUGUUGAGCUUGUGGUGUUGGAUUAUUAACAUUAUGAAAUCAGUUUCUGUAAUUUAAUGAUUUUUUGUAUCAUAAGGUAGGUUGCAUC